AAUUAAGUGGAAUGAGAGGGAGAGGAAGAAACUGCUCAAGAGAGGCGAUCGCAUGCACAAAACUGUUAUAAUUUAAUGCUUUAAAGUAUAGCUUAAAAAACGGUCUCAAUUUUUUGAGUCUAUGUAAUUUUAGUUCCUCACAAUAAGUCGCACGAGGCAGACGUAUAUACGAAAAAAAAAAUUCUAAUGUUAUGUUGCGGAAUUAAAUUACAAGAAUUGGAAUAAAACAAAAAAAAUAAGAAGAAGUUUAAUGUGAAACUAGCAUGAAAUUUAAUUAAGAAUUUUAAUUACUCAAAAAGUGGUUUAAAUUGGAAAGAUUCUUUUCAAAAUGUGUCAUUGAAUUCGGUUCCAUUUGAAAAAAAAAAUUAAAUGCAAAUUUAUUUAAUGUGCUGAAUAGUGGAUAAUAAGUACAAAAGGAAAAGGAAUUCCAUGCUUGUGUAAUUUUUGAAAAAAUAAGAUUCAUAAAAGCGUAACAAGUGAAUUAAAAAUUCUUAUUGUGGAUUAAAAACGUUCGAAAAUUCUGCUUUCAUUAAGUACCAUUGGACUAUUAAUUAGAAUUAAAGAUGCUGAAGCACGUCCACAUUUCACCGCUUAGAAAUCGUUCAGAUUCCAUAUCCCUCCGUUCGUCGACAUCAUUCUCGUCAGCAAAUUCAUCAUGCGCAACAUCACUUUGUGGUAGUCCUGAACCGUCCAGCGAAUAUGAAUUAAAGACAUCCUCACGGUCAUCAAGUUACUCGAGUCUAAGUGAAUCUGUUCCACAGACUACCUUAAAGGUGUAUACAGCUUGCUUAAAGCUUGACAUAGAGUAUAAAACAUUGGCAGUAUCUUGGGACACAACCGCUAGACAAAUUGUCACACAAGUUCUAAGAAGAUGUAAAAUGCGUCAUCGAGAUCCAAGACUUUUCUUUUUGUCAAUGGAAGUCCGAAUACGAAGAGCUGAUGCACGUACAUUAUUAACUUUAGAUGACUCAGCACGACCAGCAAUGCUUCAAGCUUGUCAUCCAUCAGGCGAAUCAAAAUUUCAUUUGCAAAUGAAAGCAGGCGGACUAAUUCGUGUCCAUACAUCCGCUCUACAGCAGACAUCUCAAUAUAAGAGUCUAUUAAUAUCAGAACAGACGACAUCAGAUGAGUUACUAAGUCUCUUAUUGUCAUGUUACAAUUCGACUGAACCAGUUGAGGACUUUUCAUUAUAUGAAGUAUGUCCAGAACAAGAAUAUCAGAGGAAAUUACAUCCAGAUGAUUUGCCAUUGCGUGCACAAAUUUUACGCAAUCAAAAAGGCGAUGCUUGUCACUUCCUGGUACGAAGAAUUAGAAAUAUGGCAAGACGAUCAGUUCAAUUGGAUAUUCAAAAUAAUAACCAGAAACAAAAUUAUUCAAUUGACAUAAGUUCAUCAUUAAGUCCAGCUAUGGCACAAAAAAUUGAUGAAAUCAGCAUAAAAUCACCCUCAACAUCCUCAAUUCAGUCAUCAUCUCCAUCGAUCGUAAAGUCGACAUUCACAAAAUUGGAAUCAUGUUUCGGCAAACUUAAUGCACUAACUCGAUAUGAUCAGUCGAGCAUGCCCGAUGUGAACGGAAAUGUGAUUCAGCAACAAAAACAAUCACAACCACGAAAAUGUCAAUGCAAUAUGAGCAGCACACAAAAAUGCAAUUAUUGUAGUCAAAGACUCAUGAAGGGCUUCAAUGAUUCACUUAUGCAUUCAGAACCAUCGCUUAUAAAGUCACCGACAUACAAUCCAGUCUAUAACAUUCGAGAAAUUCGGACGGCACAAAAUUCAUUCUCAGCAUUUGGCAAUGAUAAGAAAAUGAUUGACUUGGACUUAUCAUCAAGAAAGGCAAUAUCACGAAGACACAGUGUCGCUGUUGAUGAAAUCGAAAUCGUUAAUUCACAUCCGUCGAGAGGAAUAGGAAAUUAUGUUUACAUAUAAUCAGUGUCAUUAGUAUUUAUGUCGCUGACUUGUUGCUCGUUUUUCUCUUAUAUUCAUUGAGGUUAUCUUUGCUAGUCACAAAUAUCAAAAAAGUAACAUCAUUAAAGAUGAAAAGUUGGAUGGAAAAAUUGGAGCAUAAAAAAAAUAUUAAUUGAAUCUACCGAUUAAAUGUCACGUCAAAUGUUCACAGUGUCAUGACUGAUAAGGCGUGCGACAAAGCUGUUAGAUGAGUACACAAACAUACAUACUGCAUUUAUGUGACAAAAUCAAUAAUUUUCAUGUUGAACAAACAUCCGUAGUUCAAUAACCAAGAAAAUGGAACUGAAACUUAUCAGCAGUUUAAGACAUGUGACAAAUCAAUAUGCGGAGUCGAUUAAAAAAAAUGUGGAAUGGAAAAAAUAUAUUUUCAGAGCUGUUGGUGAUGAUGAAAUGGAUUUUGGUGUCAUGUGAUUAGAAUCGGAGCUGUCUUGGGGAUUUUUUGAAGAAUCUGUCAGGUUCAGCAAAACAGCAUGCAAUUCAAAAUGAAUUGGUCACAAAUUUGAAUCAUGCUUAAUUAAUCUCGUAUUCACAAGACAUCCAACAACCCUGAAUUUACCAUUUUAUCCAUCAGAUAAUAUCAUAAAGUUUAUAGCGUAUUUGAAGCACCUUUUCAUUUACUUUCUUAAAUUCACUGCUUAAAGCCAAAGCUAUUAAAAUAUUGUUCACAUGUAGAAUACUAAAAAAACAUUUUUAUAUACCUUAAAUAAAGUACGUUUAGUGAGUAGAAUCAAUAAGCAUGAAAAUAUGAAAUAAAUCAUUUUUAUGAGGAAUAGACAUGAAUCUCAUUUUGUUUUCUUUUGACAUUAUUUUUUUGUUAAAUUUCAAUAUUGUUUUUCGCUUUCAGCAUUGAUAACUUUGAAGGAUAGACUUGCUAUUCAUUUGUUGUUGUUGCUUUAUUCUUGGAAUAUUUUAAGCAACGUUUU